UCAAUAAAGACUUGUUCAAUCAGAACUAGUUUUAGAAUUUUAUCUUCCAUUUUUGAAGAGAUAUUGAGUUGGAUUGUGCUGUGAGCUCCUCCUGACUGGAGGCCUCAGCCAACAGGAGGCUUGAGUGGAGGUCAGAGUCUGACCUCUGGAACGUCCCUGCCGCUCUGCAGACCCGAGGAGAGUUCAUAAAGAUGUGAGCUGAUGGUCUGUGUCAGACUCCGGCUGACGAGCACAGAGGAGAAUCCUCGGGGCCACCAUGAACUCCAGCCGUUUGUGUCUGCUGCUGCUUCUGCUCAGCGGCUGCGCAGCCGCUCAGAGCCACGGUGGCAGCCGCGAACAAACGCCCAUGUGCAUGUUGGAGUCCAGAUACAGGGUCAACUGGAAAUAUGUGUACCAUUACAGCACAGAGAGCCAUAACAGCGUGGUGGGGACCACCGGCUUACGAAAUGGUCCGAAAGUCUCCUGUCAGGUCCAGAUCGAAGUUCCCCACACAUGCUCGUUCAUCAUGCACACCAGGGACUGCACUCUCAGUGAGGCGUCUGCUGUGGACCCACAGGGCCAGCCCGUCUACAGGCACGCACUCGGUUCUGACACUUUCAGGACCAGAAUGGAGAGGAGCCCCCUGAAGAUCACCAUGGAGGGUCCCGGCCAUGUGCAGCUUUACCCUGACUCAGACGAACCAGUUGACAUCCUCAACAUCAAGAGAGGGAUUGUUUCUGCUCUGAUGGAGGGAGAGGCCAGCAGCACGUUGCACGGUCAGUGCUUAACUCAGUAUGAAGUGAACUCGAGGCAGGACGCUCCCACUGGCUUGACCUUCAGCAGGGAUCUCUCCCAGUGUGACCACUUCUAUAGCAGGAGGCUCACCAACAGCCCCAUGGCUCUGCUGCAAAACCUGCAUCAUCCCAUAUCAAAACUCAUCAAAAGCACUCAGAGCUGCAGCUACCAGUUUGACAACAAGGGAAGUCACAUCACCACGGCCACCUGCACAGAGACACACACCUACCUACCCUUCUUCCACAGGGAGAACGGGAUGUCGUCUGUGGUGACCCAGGAGCUCAUCUUUCAGAGCAUGAAGAGGAUAAGCAGCAAACCGUUUGGUGUGGACCCGAACCAGGCCAGGCCUCUCCACUUUGAAGACCUCCACCACAAGUCUCCAGUCCAGACCACGGAUGCUGUUCUGAGCAGCAUGCAGGAGCUGGUGGAUUUAGCAGGCAAAGGGCAAGGCCAGAGGAGGGCCAGCCUCUUCCAGACGCUGGUGUCCAGCAUGCGAGGCCUGAGGAAUGAGACCCUCAGCCAAGCGGCCUCUGACAUGGUGAAGAUCUCAUCCUGGCUCACGUUCCAGGCACUGUUUCAGUGCGGGACCUCAGAGUGCACCAGCGCCAUUAUGCAGAUUAUCUGGACCAUUGAUGGCGUUUCUCUGGAGGUGGACGCUCUGGUUUAUGGGCUGAGUUUGCAGCCGGACCCAGAUCGGGCUAGAGUAAAAGACAUGCUCAGCAUGGCACAGUACAAGCAGAGCAAGGCCAUCAUGUAUGCUCUGGCAAACACAGUGAAAAAGUUUUACAAAGGAGAAGUGACUCCUGAGAUCACAGAGGUCUCCACAUUCAUGGAGCAGCUCUUAAACGACUGUUCCAAAGAAAUUCCAGACACUGCCUCUGACUUCUCUCCGGAUCCUAAGGAGAUGUCCUUCCUCGUACUCAGGGUGGUUGGAGUCAUGGCUCAGGCCAUGCAGGACAGCAGCCCCAGCCUUGUAUCCUCUGUUUUGCGGUGUUCACAGAAAACAGACCUUCCUUUAGCAAACCAGAAAGCAGCUCUCCGGACCCUGCAGCAGAUGGACAUGAACGAUGAGAUCAGGAGCACUCUCAUGGAGCUGUACCGGGACACCCAGAGUCCACUUGAAAAACGGAUAGCAGCUUAUUUGGUUCUGAUGAAGAAGCCCGACCGAAGUCUUCUCAGAGACUUGGUGAACAGCCUGAUGAAGGAGAGAGACAAACAACUGAGGAGCUUCGUGGUCUCCUACUUGAACAACAUCCUUCGCUCUGAGGACCCUCAGAUGCUCCAAAUCAAAGCGGACAUAGAGAAGGUCCUGCAGGGUGAGCUGCCACCUCAAAACAAUGUCUUCCAUGGACUGUCGCGCAACUACAAGAUGGAGUCCCCCCUGGGCUCAGUGCACAGUAAUAUCAUCUUUGAUGGCAGAAACACACUGCCAAAGGAGGUGAUACUGGAGGCCACCAUGAAGGCUUUUGGCUCCAGUUACGACAUCUUUGAGGUUGGAGUGGAAGGGGCGGGAUUUGAGCCAACAGUUGAUGCUCUAUUUGGGGAGAAAGGCUUCUUCUCUGAAUCCAUCUCCAGACUUAUGCGCUUUUUAGGUGAUAAAACUCCACUGCUCAAAGAAGUUCUGGAUAGAAUUUCUCCUCAUCAGGAGAGAAUGAAGAGACAGGUGACAGAGGACCACCUGAAAGCCUUCAAAGGCAUCUUUCAGAAGCUGCUGCAGGAUGUGCGCUUGUCUGAAGCCCCUGAAGCCACCGCCUACCUCCGGCUUCUGGGAGAAGAGAUUGGAUAUUUGAAGACCAGCGAGAUGCGAAACAUUUUGGAGGGUUUCUCUUUGUACUACCAUAUUUUCAUCCGGGUGCUGCCUGCACAGGCUUUCCUAAAAUUGACAUCUAGUACUGAAAAUGAGCUGUUUUUCCACUACAUCUUCAUGGAGAACGCCUUCAGUUUACCCACUGCGUCUGGUUUCCCUCUGACCUUCUCCCUCUCUGGUGUGCUUGCACCUGGCGUCCAAGGAGGCUUGAUUCCUUCAGCAAUGACUAGUUUGUCCGUCAUGCCUUCAGUUGGCCUGGAGUUCAUUACCCAUAUGGGCGUGGACAUCCCAGACUAUGUGGAUGCAGGUAUUCAAAUGCACACCAACAUGUACCACGAGAGUUCACUCAAUGCUAAAAUCUCAAUAAGCCGAAACCAGGUCAGAGUUUGGAUUCCUGCUCCUACGUCCAACACUCAAGUUUUCAGCAUCAGCAACCAGCUACUGUCCAUAUCCUCUGGUCAAACAAAGGUUGUGCCAUCCCUAUUGGAGGAUCGUGUAGACUCAACUGACUGUCACCCCUUUUUAAGGGGGUUAAACAUCUGCACAAUCGUGCGUUACUCCAAUGGUUCUUCAGAUAAUCAAGCCCCGUAUUACCCUCUGAAUGGAGACAUGAGAUUUGCAGUUGAAAUCCAGCCAACUGGAAAAGUGUCAGAGUACUCUGCUACCUUCACAGAUGAAACACUAAGAGAGGGUAAAAGAGGGCGACAUAAAGUUGAGUCCCUGAAGCUUACCUUGAAAGCAGAAGGUACAAGAGAAGAACCAAUGGAAGCCACAGCAUCUUUAAAGUACAAUCAUAAUAAAAACCUAAUCUUAACCGAGCUUCGUAUUCCCGACUAUGAUGUCGAAGCAGUCACAAAGUUAGCAGUAACUGACAGUGAAUCUGGUGAAAAUAAGCUUCGAGGGAUCACCAUUGACAUCACCAACAAGAACAUCCCACAGCUGACAUUUGUUGGACGUGCAAGAUUUGAUACUCUGAAAGAGGCCCUAGUACAGAUCCAUGUGGACAUUCCCCCGCUGAAAAGCAAUGGGUCUGUCCUGGCAUUCCUGAACAAGGAUGAAAGUGUUCUCUUAGACGUUGAGACAGUUGCUCUCCUCGCUGGGACUUCCUACCAACAGAAAACUUCACUGAGAUACGAUGAGGAUAAGUUUGAAGUGGAAUUAAAAACUCAUCUUAAUUCAGAGAUAGAGAAAGUUGUACCAAACGCAAAAGAACAUCACAAGCUGCUUCAGCAGUACGUAGAUGAUCUCCUGGACCAGAGGGUAGCAAAGACUGAUAUGAAACUACGGCACAUAAUCACCAAGGGUAUUGAGGCAGGUAACAUUUGGCUCGAUAAACUGACAGCACGCUUCCCGUCACUUGCAAGCCUUCGAAGUAAGAGGAGCAUCUCUGAUCUUACUUUGCCUGCUCUGCCUGAAAAACUGUUUUGGGAAGUUGACAGUCUGUUCCGAUAUCAGUUCAACAAGGACACAAAGUUCAUCUCCUUUCAUCUCCCGUUUGGCGGCAAAAAGUCAGAAGUCUUGAACCUUCCAAAGUCUGUGUCUGUGCCAGCUAUAGAUUUAAAGCCGAUAGGCUUGUACAUCCCAGCCAAAACAUAUUUUCUUCCAACAUUCACCAUUCCACCUUCAUUGGAUUUUAACGCUCCUCUUUUCGGUCUGGGCGAAGUAUCAAUCAAGAUCCACAGCAACCUUUAUGACUGGGAUGGCUCGAUCUCCAUGGGCAACAAAACUGUUGAUAUUCCCAGCUAUGUUGUUAAGUACAAGUCCAUAGCUCAGUCCCCACUGAGUCUGCUGUCCUACAAACUUGAAGGAAUUGGAAUGUUAUUGGGGAGAGCUGAUGAAAACCUCAAAUAUCUGCUCAGUACUUCUUUUAGCCACAUCCUUUUUGACUCGAGCUUCAGUGCUGUGGAAACCUUCAGAGUAGGUAACAAAUUCAAUGCGGAUGCAGAUUACAGGAUCAAGGCCUCUAGUCCGUUAGGCCUGAACGCCUCUCUGUCCUAUUCCGCAUAUUCAACUUCCACUCUAAAUUCAGAUGAAGUAUCAGGAGAUGGUACUGUGGAGGGACAUCUUAAACUUGGGUCGCUCUACACCAACACCUCCUUCACUCACAACUACAAAAUACAUCCACUGGCCCGAGAGGGACAAGGAGAGUCAAUGUUUCGCUUUAACUCACCAUUUAUUGGAUUUCAAAACACAAUUCAAGGAGUCUAUGCUAAGGCUGAGUUGAACCUUGUGUCAAGAACCAGCGCAGCGAGGGACACUUUCAAACAUGUGGCAGAGCUAAAGUACAAAGAUGCACAACUCAUCCUAAAGUGCAACGCUGUUGGCACAGCCAUGGGUAAAUCAUUAAGCAACCAAGUUGAGCUUGGCAUAUCAAGACAAAUGUCCAUGCUCAGAAUUGAAUCACAAGGAGAUGAUGACUCAAGUAGGAUAUAUUCACUCAUUUCUGGAUCCCUGGAUUCAAAGGGACUUGAAGUGAUAUCAGAGGGUUCCCUGAUCUUUGAUGCAGGCCGAGCAUUCCAUAAGGCAUCUGUGAAGAUUGGAAGAGAUGGCCUUACCUUUGGAGGAACGAAUAGCAUUCAGUGCAGUCCUGUUACAGUGGAGAAUGUCUUUGAUGGUGUUUUAGACAACAGUGGAGCAUCACUGUCAUCCACAACUAAAGCCAUGGCGGAAGAGGGCAGGGGAGAGGUGAACAUUGAGGGUAAAAUCACAGCUUCAGAGGCUACUAUCCAUGGUGACCUCAAGGGCUAUGCUUAUGAUGCAGCUACAACAAACAACAUAAAAAUUGAACUGAGAAAAGGAACUCUGACCUUCACUGGAAAUGCCAAGGGAACUUUGAGGCAAAUGAGAACAGAACACAGCCACACACUGGCCCUUAGCCUGUGGAAACUCUCCCUUCGUUCCAAAUCGGACAGCACAAUCUGUGACGACAUUUACUAUAAAGAAGAUACUAAAGUUGAUAUAAAGCCGUUUGUUAUAUUGAUUGACAUGAACAAUGACCUUGUUUUUUAUGACCUUAGUUUGUACAAUGAAGGCCAUAUGAAGCUUGAGCCACUAAGGCUGGAUCUCAGUGGAAGUGUAAAGGGAGGCUAUGGGGAAGAAAACAACCUAAAACACAUUUAUGCAUUCACCUAUGAUGAUCUGUCUGGUUCUGUGAAAUACAGUACAUCUGGAACCAUGAUGAACACCCAAUUAAGUCACUUCUGUGAGACAGAAUUUGCUGGACUUGCUUCAAUAUCAAACUGUCAGGCCCGGUUAAAUUCUGAACCUCUGCAUUUUGAUGUUUCCAUUCGCACUAUGGCCCUGCCCUUCAGUCUGACUAUUGAUGCUCUUGCCAACGGUGAAGGAGAAAUACAUCUACAUGGGAAGCACAAUGGGAGGACAUCCAGCAAGCUGCUUGUUAAAAUUGCACCACUUGUUCUUGCAAUGUCACAUGAUUUCCAGGGAUCAACAAUGCACCGUCUAUCACGUGGCGAAUCUUCCUCUAGUUUAGUUAGCAAACUGGAAGGUCUCCUGUCUCCAAAUGACCAAUCCAUGGAUUGGAAAGUUAUCUCCAACCUGGACAACCACGUCUUUGAGCAGAGCAUCAGUGCCUACAACAAUCCUGAAAAGUUUGGAAUAGAAUUUUCAGAAGUAAUUCUAACAGAUAUUAUCAGCAAACAUAAGAAAUCAAAAAGAGAAAGAGAAAAAUUCAGUUUGGCUGGAUUUUUAAAGUACGACAAGAACAGUGACUGUCAUAUCAUUGAAAUUCCAUUCACCCAAAACUUUGCUGUUGCUUUUGAGAGGCUCAAGAACACCAUUUUACAAGGCCUAGAAUCCCUCCAAAAAAUGAUAAGAGAUUUGGAUGUUAAUAAGUUAAUCACCGACUACAGAGCCAGUUUAGACCAAUUACCAAAAAAGGUUAAAAGCUUCUUGCAGGCAAUGGACUUGGAGAACAAAGUGAAUAAAGUGAAGGAGAAACUGGAUUAUUGGAUAAAGGAUUUUUCUAUAACAAUGGCUGACAUGGAGCUUUGGAUGAAUAAUUUGAAACAGAACACUGAAAACACAAUAAUAGACAUUGCAACUAAAGUCCAAAAUCUAAUUUCUACAAUUGAGGAGUACGCCAAGUCAGAGGAGCUAACUGAAAAGCUAUCAAACGUGCUUUCAUAUACUAAAGACCAACUCGAAGCAUUUGAUGACAGGUACAAAAUAAAGGAAUCUUUAGUUAAAGUGCUAGCUUUCAUGGAAGAUAUCAUCCAACAAAUUGACCUGCAAAAGCUCAAGCUAAGCAGUGCUGCAUUCCUACAAGAGCUUGAUUCAAAAUACGGCCUUGUAGAAGCAAUCAGGGGGAAGUUAUCACAGAUGAAACAGGACAUUGAAGACUUUAACCUCAGCCUUUUCUUAGUAAAUCUAAAAAAUGACCUACUUUCGCUUGACUGGCCUUCUUACAUUGGACAACUUUCAUAUCAAAUCCCAUCAUCAGAAAUCAUGAAAUUUAUGGAAUCCAUGAAUGAAGUUAUUGUCAAUUGGAUUGAUGAGUAUGAAGUUCCCAACAAGCUUAACGCCAUUUACUCCUACUUUAGGAAUAUCUUUGUGAAGUACAACCUUGAUAUGAUUAGCAAAGAUUUGAUGGAUCAGACAGUGAACCUUGUUGAACAAUUCAAACUUGAAGAGACAGUGCAGUCAAUAGUUGAAGCAAUUAAAUCUAUCAGAAUUGAAUUUAUUUAUGAUAAAUUGAUGGACCUUUUGUACACGGUGACAAAACAGCUCAGAGAAUUUAACAUAAAGAAAUCCAUCCAUGACCUCAAUGAGCAUAUUUCUUCAAUAAUAAAGUCAAUGAAGGAAUUUGAGUACAGCGAAUUUGUUGAUGCGGCAAACAGGAAGAUUACAGAAGCGACAAAGUACCUCAAUGAAGAGAUUCAGAAAUAUGAGAUUGUGAAAAAGAUUGAGGCUCUAAGAGAGUUUUUCAGAGAAAUCCAAAACUCCGUCUUCUCAUAUUUAGAAGAGGUAAAAAACACAAAGGUGGCGGAUGCUCUGAACAAACUGAAAGAUGUUAUUGACACUGCAUUUUAUAAUGACGUAAAGCUGAAACUGCAGGACAUGCUCGAGGAUGCCAGGCAAAGGAUUGUAGAUAUGGAUAUCAGAGAGGAAAUGUACAAGUAUCUUCAGAGAGCCAGUGAAUCCUACAGCAAUAUAGUUGGAUACAUAUCUGUCCAGUUUAAUCAACUCUUUGAAAACAUCUUAAAAAUGACCAGUGAUAACGAGAUCAUCAACCAGACAAAGCAAGCAGCAAAUAAUCUACUGGAACAGUUGAGAAGAGCGGAGAUUGACAUUCCAACUUUCAAGAUUCCUCUCACUGAUCUCGUCAUACCAGCAUUAACUAUCAAGCUGGGCAAGCUGCAGGAGAUCAGCAUCCCAGCUCAAAUAUCAAUUCCCAAAUUCACCAUCCUCAGUCUGUAUGCAGUGCCUGCCUUUACUAUAGACUUUGAUGAGAUCAAGAUUAAGAUCAUUACCAUCAUAGAUCACUUCAGAGAAUUUGAGAUAAAAAUGCCCAACCCAGAGCAAGUCUUUGGAGACCUUAAAGUUCUUUAUCUGUUUAAACUGCCAGACCUAACCCUUUCUGAAAUAACUCUUUCAGAAAUAAAAAUACCAAGCAUUAGCAUCCCAAAACUAAAACAGCAAGACUUUGAAAUUACAAUGCUUCCUGUUCCAGAUAUUAAACUUCCCGACACAUCAAAAGACAUUUGCAUACCAUUUUUUGGGAAACUUUAUGGAGAAUUUAGCAUAAAUUCUCCUCAUUACACUCUAAUAACUACAGGGAAAGUUGAGAAUGCAACAUCUUCUCUGAAAAAUCCACAGUUUGUUGCAUCUUUUACUUCUCAGGCCAAAUCUUCUGUUGAGGCACUGGAGUACACUUUGGAAGCCACCACUCGGUUGGAAGCCCCUCGAAUGAAGAAGCUUCAAUUCACGGAAACAGUGAAAGCAACACAUAAGACCUUCUCUGUUGAUCAUAAAGGAUAUCUGACACUCACAAGCUCCUCUGCAGAGGUGUCUGCCACGACUGUCACAAAAGUCACAAGCCAAAUGUACAAAGCUGACUCCUUCAACAGUGUGGCUCUUUCAUUACAGAGUGGAAUCAAUGCAGUCAUAAACACAACUUACAACCACUACUUGGACAUCCCGUCAAUCAAAAUUUCCAACCAGGCGUCCAUGAAACAAAACAUAAAAGCAACAAUGGAAUCUGGCACUAUAACAGUGGUUGGUCAAACCAGUGGUGAUGGAAAGGGAUCCAUUCAAGGUUAUUCUGAUGAAGGAACUCACAACAGCCAUGUUGAAUUCAGUGUUGAUUUAAGCACGGCAAAAUUUUUAUUUGCAGGUGAGACACAUUGUCAGACAAUAACGACAAAACACUCCGUUUAUGCUGAAUCUGUCCUCUUCAGUCACAUCAUUGUCGAAGCAAAGGGUGAGACCAAGUGUCCAGUGAUCAAAAACAGUGUUUUUGCUUUAAACGGAGAAGCCCAUAUUGGGAAUCUGACAGCUUCACUGACGGCCUCUCAUGAUACUGAGUUUAUUGGAAAUCUGAUUGGAACUAUGUCAAAUGGGGUGGACUUUGUGAUUCAUCCAUUUGAGAUCGUUCUUGAUGUAAAAAACAAGCUCAAUUUAAAAAUGUUCUUCCCCCUAAAACUGUCUGGUAAGGUGGACCUGCACCAUCACUGUGGUACUGUAGUUGCCUCUGAAAAACAGGGUGUCUAUAGCAUUAUUUCUGCGAGAUUUAAUCAGUACAAGUACAGUCACAAAUUCACAGCAGAGAACACUAAAUUGGUUGUCUACAUUCAGUCCUCGGUUAAUGGAGAAGCUAAUUUGGAUUUUAUGACUCUUCCUUUCUCCAUUCCAAGGAUGUCAGUACCUUACUUUGAAACAAAAACUCCAGAGAUCACAAAUUUCUCUUUGUGGGAAGAUACUGUACUAAAAUCUCUACUCAUUACUCCUCAUCAGACAUUUGACAUAAACCUGAAGGUUCAAUAUAACAAGAAUCUUGAAACACACAGCUUUGAGUUGCACCUAGAACCAAUCUACAGUGCUAUCAGUGACAAUGCCAAAAUCAUCCAGACUCAAUUUGAAGUAUGCAGAGACAAAGUUGUCACACUUCUGAAAGAUUCGUACAACGAAGCUAAAUCGCAGUAUAUCAAACACAAGAUUGAUACUUCUGGCCUGCCUCCAAGAAUUUUCAGAGUCCCUGGAUACACCAUACCAAUACUAAAUAUUCAGGUUUCUGCAUUCAGGGCUGAGAUGCCAGCCUUUAGCUACUUUGUUCCCAAAGAGGUCAGUACGCCAAGCUUCAAAAUUCCAGCCUUGGGUUUCUCUGUGCCAUCAUACACCCUUGUAUUGCCAACCUUGAAAUUCCCCGUUGUGCAUGUUCCAGAAACUUUAGGUGAAAUCAAAUUACCCAGUCUUACUCUGCCAAGCAUUCAAGACAACAUUGCGAUCCCAUCUUUUGGAAACAUCACCCUUGACUUCUCCCUCAAAUCUAACAUGGUCACUUUAAGUGCCAACGCAGCAAUCUCUAAGCAAUCAGAUGUUGUUGUUCAAUUUGAAGCUUCCUCAAAAUCUGUGUUUGACAUUUUGAAUGGCAAGAUUGAUGCUACCACUAGCCUGACAAGGAAGAGGGGGUUGAAAGUGGCAAGCACUGUCUCUUUGGAGCACAAUAACUUUGAAGCAAACCAUGAAUGUGCUCUUAGUCUCACCAAGAAGAGCCUGGAAGCUUCAGUAGCCAACUCUGCUAAAAUCAGUUUCCCUUUCCUCCAACUGGAGUUUAAUCAGGAACUCCUAGGGAAUACUAAGACCAAGCCAAAUGUUUCCUCCAAAAAGAAACUAAGGUACAUGUUUUAUAUUCCGCUAGUUGAGUCUACUGGCAAAGGGGACUUUGACAUGAAGUGGGAACUGGAUGUACUUCCCUCUCACAUGUCUUUUGAGACAUCAACCCAAGGGAAGUCGGACAUAGCAAUAAUGGACAUGUAUAAUUUUGACAAAGAUUUUGAAAACAGAGCUAGUUUCUACAUUAAUAUCAAUGGCUUUAGUUCAACCGCAGCAACAACUUUGAACGUAAACAUCAACAGAAAAGAGAAGCUAAAGCGAAGUUUAAGCAGAAACAUUUUCUCUCUUGAGUUGGACAACAAUUUGGUUGUUGGGGUUUCGUUUAUUCAUGUGUUUGCAGCAGCCUAUUAUAAAAGCAACAAUAAUGUUGACUUGCUGUUUUUUAGCACAAAUGGAAACCAUACUGGAAAGGGAGAACUUGACAUUGUCCCUUUGGCGACUCUCAAGAUCACAAUAAACACUGAUGGUGAUCAGUUUAGUAACUUUGGCGACAUUGGAUUCAUUCACAGCAUGAACCUGUCCUGCAGUCCUGAGAAACAGACCUUCACCUGGAGUGGAAAGCAACAGCUAACAUCACUUGUUCAUGCUUGUGAUUUAUCCAUCUCCAACGAUGAAUCUGAGCAACGAUUGGACCUGACUGGAAUGGUGGAGGGUCCUCUGGCAUUUUUAAAGUCCGUUAGGCUUCCGGUUUAUCAAAGAACCCUGUGGGAUGUGCUAAAAUUUGAUCAGGUUACAAAUAUAAACACUAGACAGUUUCUUAACUACUCAUCUAGCAUAGUUUACACAAAGAAUGAAUAUGGUUAUGAAAUACCAUUUAAGGUAUUUGAAAAUGGUGUUACUUUCAGCAUUCCUGAAAUUAGCAUCACACUGCCUUCUUGGAUGAGAAAUAUCCCCAGGUCCAUCAAGAAUGAAGAUAUGGGAUCUGAAAACCUUGUUGUGCCAGAUCGUUUCACUCUUCCUCCUGCAGUCUCACUUCCAGCUUUUGACGUUCCUUUCACCAACUUACACGUAGAGCAAUUGACGGUGGAUCCAAAAAACUUUGAUGUCCCGAAAGUGAUCUCCACCAAAGCUUUUGAUAUCUUCCUGCCCGGCUUGCCAGUAAUAUCAGUGCCCAGUUACGACAUCAACACAGAGUAUGUGCAGCGUACAACGUCUUUCCUCUCAUUUAAGAUUCCACAGUAUGAAAUUACAGUGUCUCCUGGAGAACUCACAGCAGGCAUGAACAAAAUUACCAGUCACAUUCUAGACUUGGAAGUUCCCCCCAUUAUGAUCCCCGAGCAAAAGAUUAAAAUCCCUGAAGUGGUUCUGCAUCUGCCCACAACUGUGCUUGUCCCAGUCUUUGGAGCUCUUAGUGCUACAUUAAAGGUUUCUUCACCCAUUUAUAAUGUGUCAACUACUGCCAGUGUGGAGAUGAAGGACCCUAAUCUUGUGGCUUCACUCAACUCAACCUGCACUUCAACCAUGGCCUUCUUGGAAUAUGGCCUUACUGGCACUGCUAAUCUCAAAUACGAUAAUGGACAAAUGUUUUUGAGCGGGAUAUGCAACUUGAUUCACAAUGAUGUAAAUGUCAACUGGCAACACGUUUUGGCGCACAAGCUAAGAGCAAAGCGUCAAAUAUCUCGAGGUGAUGCUGUGGCUCAGGACUCCCGACACACUCUCAGCGUUGACGUCACCAGCCGCACAUUUGCUGAUGUGAGCUUUCGUUUUGCUUCACGGAAAGACGGCCUCACUGCAUCUGCUUCGUCUCCAUCGGCCGGUUUUCUUGGACUGAAUCUUCAGCGGAGGUCACCAUCUCAGCUUCAUGGAAAAUUGUUCAGCCGCUACCUGUCCUCUUCUGAUAAAGACACCAAUGUUUUUAGUGCCAAGGUUCUUCUGAGGAACUCAGACAAAUUAGUCCUGCAGACAGCUUGGAAUUUGGACUUCUUCAAUGAUGCGACUGAAGGCUUCAAGAGAAAGAUUCCUGCAAUGACAGAUGCUGUUCUCAAGUUCAUCAACAAGUAUCACACAGCACAUUUUGGCUUUGACCUGAACCGCGGAGGCAUGAAGCUGAAAAAUGCCAUCUCCAGUCUUAUGGAGACAGCAUUUCGGAAGGUUUUAGAGUUUCUGACCGAGCUGCAGGGUUUGGUGGAGGAAGUCUCUGAAAAGGGUGAAUCUCUGUUUAGAGCGGCUUCUGACAGCUUGAUGUCCAUCGAUGUUCAGGAAAUUAGAGCCAAACUGAUCAUGAUGGCUGACGAAGCCAUGAAAAACAUGCAAAGAAGGACAAAAGCCUUGCUGGAUGCCGUCAGACUGUUUUUGAGUCAACAAAAAUUUUCAUUGCCUGGAUCAGAAACGGAGAUGUCCGUCACUGAGAUGUUCCAGAGAACUCAUCUGUAUGUGUCAAGAGCUGUGGACAGUGGGAUCCAGUGGCUUACCAGUCUCAUGGAGAAGACUUCAGCAUACAUAAAGAACACUAACGUUUCCCUUCCUGCAACUGAGGUGGUUGUCAAUGGAGAAGAGGUCAUGGAUAAACUAACCUCUAUUGCUGUGUCUGCAUAUAAUCAGAUAAAGGACUUUAGUAGCAAAAUUAUGCUUUUUCUUUCCAAGACACUUAACGGCGUCCUUCAGCUUUUAGCCAAAAACACUGACCAACUCCUCGUCUACCUAAAAGAUGAAAAAUCUAAAAUCAGUUCCCAGGCUGACGUCAUUCAUGCAGAAGUCCUACAAACUUCCAGACGACACAUCCAGGGAGCAAAGAGACGCACAACUGAGUUCAAAGAUCUAGUCAAACUCAGGAUUAACCAGGCCUAUAAUUCUGUAAAUUUGGAGAAUAUAAACAGCGGCGCAGAGAUGUUUGUCGGCAGUCUGCAGUCAAAUCUAUCUGACGCCUUCGGUGAGAGUGUGGACGUUAUGAAACGUUUCUCCCAGAACACAGCCCCAUAUUUCAAAGUGGGCAACCAGAGGGCGGACGUUGAAAUUCCGCUACCUUUCCUUUGGAAAUCCUUCCAUGAAUGGCCCGUUCCCAUGAGGCUGUGAAGCAAUUGAGACUGAACAAAAGGGUGUGGAUGUACAGUGAGUGAAGAAAAUGUCUUUUCCUGUGAAAUUCAUGUAAAUCCUCACCGACUGAGGAAAGGUUUGAGGAUUUGAUCAGUUUCAAAGUAUUGGAGCUUAAUUAAAGAUUUGAAACGUUUCUGCUUGUCUCAUUUUCAUUGAACAUCAGUGUAGAAUGUGUGAAAAUUCCCCUGAUGUUGCCUCACCCAGUAUGGGGGUAACGGAUUACAAAGUAACAAAUUACUGUUAUUUAAUUACUGUUGUCAGUAACAGAGGAAUUAACAAAUUACAGUGCAAUUUUCAGUAAUUAUUUACAAUUACUGGACUAUAGAAAACCCUUGUUACUUCGUUACUUAGGUUUGUAGGCUCUGACAUUUUCUCUUGGUUAAAUGAAAUGAAACGGAGGUUAAUUUAAAAAAACAGAGGCUGUCUGCUCAACUGUUGGACAGGACAAGUAAAAAACAAAACUCCCCCCUGGAAAGGAUGACUGGAUGAAGAUCAUAUAGACCACUAACUCAAUGGAAAAAUUGUCAUUUCCACUAAACUAAAGUUAGACAACCCCCCCCCCCCCAAAAAAAAAAAA